CCGCGAGGGGACCUGGAAGGGGCGGGGUGGGCUGCGGCCGCAGCCUAGUUACGUGCCCGGGAGUUGCGGCUAUUUGGACUCUGGCAUUGAAACGCAUGCUGGAAAAGGAGAAACCGUGCCUGGCGCGCAGCGGGGCUGGCGGGGCUGGCGGGGCGGAGGCCGAGGCGCCGCUCUGAAGCCCGGGGCCGGGCCGCCUCCGGGCCGGCGGAACAUGGCGGCGCCCGCGGCGCGGGGCGGCAGCCUCUCGGGCCUGCUGCCCGCGCAGACCUCUCUCGAGUACGCGCUGCUGGACGCCGUCACGCAGCAGGAGAAGGACGGCCUGGUCUACCAGUAUCUGCAGAAGGUGGACGGCCGCGAGCAGGACCUGUUGGUGCCCGAGUUCCCGGAAGGGUUAGAAUGGCUGAACACAGAAGAGCCUAUUUCUGUCUACAAGGAUCUGUGUGGGAAAGUGGUCAUCCUCGAUUUCUUCACCUACUGCUGCAUAAACUGUAUUCACCUAUUGCCUGAUCUCCAUGCACUGGAACACACGCACUCUGAUAAAGAUGGUCUUCUGAUUGUUGGUGUCCACUCAGCUAAGUUUCCAAAUGAAAAAGUCUUGGACAACAUUAAGAGUGCUGUUCUCCGAUACAACAUCACCCACCCUGUGGUCAAUGAUGCAGAUGCCUUCCUGUGGCAAGAGCUAGAAGUUUCCUGCUGGCCCACUCUUGUCAUCCUUGGGCCCCGUGGAAAUAUGUUGUUUUCUUUGAUUGGAGAGGGACACAAAGAUAAAUUAUUUUUAUAUACUUCAAUAGCUUUAAAAUAUUACAAAGACAGGGGACAGAUCAGAGAUAAUAAAAUUGGAAUAAAGCUCUAUAAAGAUUCUUUGCCACCUUCACCAUUGCUGUUUCCUGGCAAAAUAACAGUGGACCAUGCUACUAAUAGACUGGUAGUAGCAGAUACUGGACAUCAUAGAAUUUUGGUCAUUUGGAAGAAUGGACAAAUUCAGUAUAGUAUUGGAGGACCUAACCCUGGAAGAAAAGAUGGAACAUUUUCAGAGGCAACUUUUAACUCCCCACAGGGUGUAGCCAUGAAGAAUAAUAUCAUAUACGUGGCAGACACCGAAAACCACCUCAUAAGGAAGAUUGACCUAGAGACUGAGCAAGUGAGCACCGUGGCUGGCGUUGGAAUUCAGGGAACAGAUAGAGAAGGAGGAGCAGCAGGAGAGCAGCAACCCAUUAGCUCCCCAUGGGAUGUCGUUUUGGGAACAUCAGGUUCAGAGGUCCAGAGAGAUGACAUCCUGUGGAUAGCCAUGGCAGGGACCCAUCAGAUAUGGGCACUCCUUCUGGACUCUGGCAAACUGCCCAAGAAAAAUGAGUUAAAAAAAGGAACCUGCCUUCGGUUUGCUGGAAGUGGAAAUGAAGAGAAUCGAAACAAUGCAUACCCUCACAAGGCAGGUUUUGCCCAACCCUCAGGCCUUUCUCUGGCCUCUGAAGACCCCUGGAGCUGCCUGUUUGUAGCAGAUAGUGAGAGCAGUACAGUAAGAACUGUCUCGCUGAGAGACGGAGCAGUGAAGCACCUCGUAGGAGGAGAAAGAGAUCCCCUGAAUUUAUUUGCUUUUGGCGAUGUUGAUGGAGUAGGCAUCAGUGCAAAGCUUCAACACCCACUUGGAGUAGCGUGGGACAAGAAGAGAAAUUUGCUUUAUGUGGCAGACUCCUAUAAUCACAAGAUUAAAGUUGUGGAUCCCAAAACAAAAAACUGUACAACAUUAGCAGGAACUGGAGACCUGAAUGAUGUUUUCAGUUCCAGUUUUACCGAGUCAACUUUUAAUGAGCCAGGAGGCCUGUGUGUUGGAGAGAAUGGUCAAUUGUUGUAUGUUGCAGAUACCAACAAUCACCAAAUAAAAGUGAUGGAUUUAGAAACAAGAACAGCUUCUGUGCUCCCUGUCUUCAGAUCUGAAAAUGCUGUGGUAGAUGGUCCCUUCCUAGUGGAAAAACAGAAGACAGUACCCAAACUGCCAAAAUCUGCCCCGAGUGUUGAACUCUCCUCAGUAACUGCAUGUCCUGGGCAGACUCUGCAGUUCAAGCUCAGACUGACCCUCCCAUCAGGAACAAAGCUUACUGAAGGAGUAACCAGUUGCUGGUUUCUAACAGCUGAAGAUAAUGAGUGGCUUCUUCAAGGACAGAUACUGUCUGGAGACAUAGAGAAUAUUUCCAACCAACCAGCGAUUUCACUGCAAAUUCCUAGCGAUUGCUUAUCACUUACAGCAGUCAUAUCUAUCAGUGUGUUUCUCUAUUACUGUAGUGCAGACAGCAGUGCUUGCAUGAUGAAGGGAAUUUUGUUCAGGCAGCCUUUACGAAUAUCUGAUGUACAACCAGGGCGCAUAGAUCCAGUAGAGCUCAAGUAUGUAUUCUAGCAAGCCAGCUAGCAGCCCUUAGCCACAGGCCUUUCUCCAUUUCUGUCAUCACAGUAACUUACAGAAAAAACUUUAUUUAUGCCUCUGGAUUCUAAGACACCCAUUGCUCGGUUCUAGCAACUAAAUUAAAAUAAAGCUAUGCUUACUUAUUAUUGUACACAAAUUCAUUCUAACUUUGUAUUAGCUAAAUCAUUGACCAUCAUUUAAACCAAGAUAAUGAAAUCUUUGUAGCUAUUUGGCAUAAGACUGAAGUCCACACUAUAAAGAUGUUAUAAGAUACUUUGCAGUGCUGAUAAUAAUACCAAGUAUUUUAACUAAGAUUUUCUACCUUUAUUAAUAGCAAUCAACACACUUGCAUAUACAAAUUUCACAGUAACUUUAGGUAGAUCUAAGCUCUAAUAUAUAUGUUUGUGUAAGGACACCUGCCAUUUAAGGCAUAAGGUCUGCUUUAAGCCAAAAAAGAAAAAAAUGGUAUUUUCUUUAUAGUAGAAGCUUAGAGCAUGUGGUGGUUACAUAUGAUUUUUAUUCUCUUCUUUGAUUUUUCUUGGUUGAAAUAUUUUUAAAAGAGAGUUUUGAUCUAUUUUUAUUAUAAAUUAUUUGUUGUUUUAACACAGCAUUAUUAAUGCCUUAUAACUUUAUAUAGAAAAUGUUGAACGAACAGACCUGCUCCCUUAACUGUCUUGUUUUGUUUUGUUUUGUUUUGUGAAUGAAUGCAUUUUUACCAGAUAAUGAAUGGGUCCCCAGAAAUAUUAUGACUUUCUAAGAGAAGGGACUUAGGAUACAUUAUUGUCUGUGAUAAAAAAUUUAUUGUGACAGCUGAAUCUGAUAUAAAUGGGUAUGUAUGUUUUGGAAAUUUAUAUUUUACUUGUAAGCUUUAAAUGCAGAUUUGUUGUGUUUGGGGUUUUGAUUCCCAUAUUUAAAAUUUUGAUCUUUGAUUGUGAUGUUUUUUAAAAUCACAUUUAAGCCUUCAUAUUGAAAUUUUCAAUGUGAAGUGCUUUUGUAUAAUUAGCAGGUAUAGUAUAUCUUAAUAUACUACUCUUUAAAGUAUUAGGGCCAAAACAUAUAGUGAUUUGCAACACUGUUUUGUUGGUUUUGUUUUUUUAAACCCCAAAAGAAAUAGCCACUGAGAAUAUUGGAGGUUUUUAGAAAAAAAAAAAAAUUAUUAUCAUAAUUUAUCUUAUAACUAUCUGAAAACUUGUUUUUCUGAAUAUGGAGUCAACAUGUUUGUGAUUUAAUCAGCUUACAAGAUUUUAAAAACCUCAGGUGAACCAUGUUUAUUUAUUCAAUAAAUAUUUAUGGACAAUAUGGAAUAACAUGCUUCCCCUCCUUAUAUUUAUAGACAAUAUGAUAUAAUAUGCUCCCCCUCCUUCAAAAACAGUGCUAAAUUUAAAAGUGUAAUCUUUUAAACACCAUUGUCUGCCCGUUUAUUUAUAUUUUUUAGAAAUAUAGUCUUGAAACAUAGUAUUUAUUUGUUUCAUUCAGAAGGUUGGUGAAAUCUCUGAAGAGAAUAUAUAGAUCAUGAUUGAUUUGGUUAAUAACCUUCAAAAACUACUUUUACAGAGAAAUACAGUAUAAAAUAAAAAAGAAUCCUGUUUGAAAUUGUAUGUAAUUACCUCAUAAACAUUUUCCCUCCACAAACAACCAAAAAUAAUGUUGUGUAAUAAAAAGAUGCAUAACAUUGAUGUUCUCUUUUAUGGAGAAUAGACCUUAUUACUUUUUAAUCUCAUUUGACUUAUUGUACUUUUCAUUUCCACUUGGACAGGAUGAGGAUAUUUUGGCUGAUUUCCUGUGUAGGGACAUAAAUAGUCUCACUCUCUAAAAGAAAUAGAUAAAGUUUUAACUUGCUAAUGUAGAAAUAACUGAUGAUUUAUUUUUCAGCAUAACACAUACAGAGUAUGUUUAUAUAUUUUCAUGUACAUGAAAAGUCUAAAACUACUUUUUAAACUUUCCCUUUAUUUGUCUAGGUAGAGUUUUAGGUUAGUCUUAGGCAAAUAUUUUUCUUGAUUUUGAGAGUACUCUUUCAUCAAACAUUCUUAUUCUUACCCACUGCCAGGCUGCAUUGUUUUAUACAUUAAAAAUGUUAUUUAUAAUGGAUUAGUAUGAUUUUGAAUAAAUCACACUAAAGCAAUGUGAAAGCGGUUCUAGAAUUUAUAACUAAUAGAAACCUCUUACAUAAGAGUAGGCCCUAGAAAGUUUUUUUAAUACUUCUUGAUCUGUGUCUGCCUCCUGUUUUCUGUAAGAACUCUUAUUUUUUUACUUUUGCUUUUCUUGUUACAUAAGUUAUGUCUAGUGAGUUUCAAAAGAGUUAAGAUUUCAGUUAUGUCACCUUAAUUAUAACGCUAGUAAGAUAGCAUUAUACAAAUUUUAACAUACUGCCUGGAAUCUUUAUUCUAAAUUAUAUUUUUUUCUCUUUGCUGUGAUAUAAUUUUACAGACAGCAAGAUUUUAAGAAAAUUUAUACUCAGGAUUACUAUGAUCCCUGGAAAGAACUUUGCUUAUCUUGAAUAUUCUAUCUCAAGCAAAUAUUUAACCUAUUCACAAGAGAAAACCUUGUGUUUAAUUACCCAUAAGUAACUUUGGCAAAGUUCAAUGACUAUGAAAAAAAAUUUUCUCCCUAACUGUUCUAAUAAUGUAUUUAGUUAUAGUAUCAUCAGGUCUUCAAAAAGCUAUAGUAAACUUAAAAUAUAAGUAUAAAUGUAGCCCAAAACAGCAUAAUAUGUGUGGGUGAGUGUAUGGAUAUGUGUAUACAGAUAUGAAGAUCAAUUCAAGAAGUUCUCACCUUUCUUUCAUGACCAGUCUACUUUUGAGCUAAUAAACACUGAGAUAAGUUAUUCUCUGCUUGCUUUUCCAAAGUUGGAAAAUUGGAGAAGAUAAUAAAAAUAUGUAUCUAUAAUAUUUUUUUUCUUUAGCAUUUAGUAACUAAUGAAGCUUCUACUUGUAGGCUUAGUUAAUAAUAAUGAUAAGUCGACCACAGACACACAUGCCUUGACAUUUUCUUUGCAACUGCAAAUUAUAAAGGAAAAUCUUUAUCCACCAACUAUUUGAUAUGUUAGUAUUCUCUAUAGAGUGGGGUUCAAGAAGAGAAUGAGUCGUAUAAUAAAGCAUAUCGCUGUUUUACAAACAAUACUGUAGUUGUAAAGAUGCAUGCCUACGAUCCUAUUAAAAUUUUUAAAAGAUCUGGACCCACACAACUUACUUCAAAGAGGGUCCAGACACCCUGGACCAUACUCCAACACACGUGCCCAGCAACUUGCACCAGGAUGCCUGUGUCUUAGCCAGAAGUUUCACAGGAUCUUCAAAGUGCUUUCAUAGAUACUGCCUUAAUUGAGCUUCAGAAUAACCUUUUAAACCAGACAGGAAGAUAUCGUUUCCCUUGUGCAGAUGAGGAAACAGCUUUGAGAUCAGAAAGCCCCCAGAAUGAUGGGACACCUAGAACAGGGCCAGGUGUCAGUCAGCAGGUGCCAGGUGUUGUCAGAUGACACGGGGGAGAAUGAAGGGUAGACACUUUGGAGACCGUCCCACAGGUCUCCUGAUUCCUGGCUGUGCUACAGGAUGUAGUUAGUGUAAAAAGGAGGGGGUGGUGAAAUGCAGAACACGUACUCCUGUGGACACCUUCCUACGCCUCCAGCUAAGUACGAAGCAUUUUCCAGUGCUUCUGCAAAGCUUCGGGCAAUAACUUGGGAACCCUCACAACCAACUCAAGAGGAGGGACAGCAAGCUGAGGCAGCUUUGAGCAGUUACACCAGCAGAGUCAAGUUCACGCCUUUAGGAAGUGGCAGAGCCUCGAUGGGAGUAUGCUCAGCCCCCUGCUGUACUGCCUCUCAGACACAGAUCUUUCCAGGCUCUAUCUAGUGAUUUGUCCAUCCAAAGAAACCAAUGCCCUUAGUGAUUAUUUUUGAAAUUUAAGUAAAUUCAUUUAAGUGCAUGACAUAUAUAUAUACAUAUAUAUAUAUAUAUAUAUACAUAUAUAUAUAUAUAUUAUCAUUCAGACCUUGGAAUGGUCUGUAUAAUUGUUUCUCAAAAGAUUUUAUGCACUAGCCUUCUUUGAUCUAUUUAUCCACAGAUUUUCUUGGCAGAUGCAAGUAUUAAAGAAGUUCCAGUGUUAGUCCCACCUGUGCUGUUUGAGUUGGUCUUCCAACAGUAGCGAAGACCUUGGCAUAGAGACUAACUGAAUUCACAGGACGGUUUCAAACCCUGAUAAGCUCAUUUGUAUUUAAGAAAAUUUUGUUAGGCAAAUGAACUCUAGAAAUAGAAAGUCAUCUGUUUUCUUGCUUUGUAAAUUCUGGUAUAUAAACCAUUCCACAAUGACACAAGUACACGCAGUUUAAGUAUGGUAAAGUUUUUGCCAGGACCAGCCUAUGGUUUCAGCAUUAGAUUACUAUUAAAAGGAAUGAAGCAACAUGCUAGUAGUGGUUACGGUUCAUGGAUCAUUCUUGUGUAGAAGGCAGGCAUCUUUUCACUUUAAAUGGUUUGCUUGUUAAAUAGUAGUAGCAUGCAAUAAGGAAUUUUAAAAUUUUGUUAUAAAAUCCCAUUCCUGGAAUCUAUAGGGAGAUGUAUGUCCACAUAAGAAAGUGAUGAUGGUGACAUACUUUAAAAGUAGAAUUUACCAUUAAUCAUCAAGAUUGCUUUUUCCACCUGUGGCACAUAGUUUAUUUAAAUAAAGAAUUAGCACUAAUCCUAAGUCACUAUUUUGUUCUGAAUAAUUAAAAGUUUGCUUUUCUUUCAUUUCUUUGCAAUAGGUUAAUAUAAAGAAUAAGAGUUGAAGUUAGAGGUUUGAAUCUUCUGUGUAUGUUCUGUAGCCGACAAACCCUAGCCCUGGCACAUACUGACUGCAGUAGCCUGGCCGCCUCUGGCAGAGUCUGCAUAAAGAAAAAUGGAGGUGGCCCUACUCGGCUUUUGGACAGCGCUUCCUUUUCUUAGUGUGCAGGUUUGGUUUAAUCACUUUCAAAGGUUAGAGUUGAAAACUUAAAAUCCUAGCCACUUGUUGUGGAAUGUUUGCCUAAUUAUAGUUAUUUAUUGUUGGGUGUCCUUCUUCCCUGGAGUGCCGCUCUCAAGCGUACCGAGGAUGUUUUGUUCUAUUGAAAGCCUCAGGACCAGAGGCAGAGUAUUGCAGGCAUCUCCAGAUAUUCCUCCCCUGGGCCAUCAUCUUACAUCAAAAAGCUCUGACUGAGCACAAAUGAGCUCUCAACAGCCUUGUACCAGAAAGCAUCCUGCUAGCUGUCCGGGUGUGGGAAGGAUUCCUUCCUCCAAAGCAGGUUUGGUUAAGAAACAGGGUUAGGCAAAUUGUCAGAUUUUUAAUGUUAAGUACUUGAACAUUCACACAAUGUUUGGGUACAUGCUUCCAUUUGAAAUAAAGUGAAAGGAGAACUCAGUGCUAAGAAGUAGAGAAAAAAAAAUCAGCCCUUAGAUUUAAGCAGACCU